GUGCGUACAGACGGCUGCGUUGGACUGCAGGCGAAGAUGGCGGUCUCCACAGGAGUUAAAGUUCCUCGUAAUUUUCGCUUGUUGGAAGAACUUGAAGAAGGACAAAAAGGAGUAGGCGAUGGUACGGUUAGCUGGGGCCUUGAAGAUGAUGAAGAUAUGACACUUACAAGGUGGACAGGCAUGAUUAUUGGGCCACCAAGGACAAAUUAUGAAAACAGAAUAUAUAGCCUGAAAGUAGAAUGUGGACCUAAAUACCCAGAAGCUCCUCCAUCAGUUAGAUUUGUAACCAAAAUUAAUAUGAAUGGAAUAAAUAAUUCCAGUGGAAUGGUGGAUGCACGGAGCAUACCAGUGUUAGCAAAAUGGCAAAAUUCAUAUAGCAUUAAAGUUGUACUCCAAGAACUAAGACGUCUAAUGAUGUCCAAAGAAAAUAUGAAGCUUCCACAACCACCAGAAGGACAAACAUACAAUUAAUUUUUGGAUCUCAAACUUGUCUUAAAUCAACAGUCUUCUACUCAUGUUAAUGUCUUGAUUAAAUAUCACAAUGCAAAAUACCCACACAUUAAGUAAAAGAAUUACAACUGGUAAACAUGACUGGGACAUUUGUAAGAAUAUAUUUAAUAUAUAUACACCUAUUAUGUUUUCAGGUAACAGGAGGAAAAAUGCAGCACAAUUUUUUUUAAGGCACUGACUGUCAUUUAAACAUAAACCUGGAGUAUUGAAAAUAGCAUUAAGGCUUACAAGAUGAAAGUAUGGUGAGAAGUGUCAGAUAGCUGUGGAAGCAUGUGUAUUUCUAAAAAGUAAAAAGCUCAAGAAGGAAAAGGAAAUAGCAUGCUUUAUCCCUCUCUCUUAGGGAAACAGUUUUCAUUUUAAAUUGUCUAGUAAAGUAACAGGUACAAUGAAUAUUGUCACAAAUUGUUUUAAUUUUUGAAGUGGUGUGGGUGCUGACUACUAGUAGUAUCAAAAGUAUGUCCAGAAUUGUUUGGAUACCUGUAUUUAUAAUAAAGAAAUGUGGGGAAGGUCGAUGAAUUUCUGUUAAGAGAUGUUCCUGUGUGUUACAUGUAACAGACAUGGUAAAUAUUUGUUUACAGUCUUUGUUUGACAAACCAUGCAUUUAAGUUUAAAUGAAAUCAACAAAAAGGAAAUAGGUGUAUGGAUAUGUGCUUUUGAGAUUAAAGUUAGUCUUAAAAUGUAAAUAAAACAUGGAUCGUGUCCUCAGAAA